CUGCUCAUUGUGCAACUUUUCCCUUUGGACGAAGAGGGCACUCAGAUUUUGCCGCCAAAUUCAAGUUCAGUACACACCUCGAUUCCCUUUCCGGAUUCUGCCCUAAUCUCUCGAACUUCUUGAGAGAGAGAGAGAGAGAGAGAGAGAGUAAUGCAUAUUCGGGUGAAGUGCAAUUGCGGGGAACAUAACUGUCCAGAAUGGGCGAUCGUCGAGCUGCAAGGCGUAAUCGAACCCCAGCCCGCCUUCCAAAACCGUCUCCAAAACCUCGAAAUCGGUCAACUAUGCCGCCCUUCUUCUCAGGAGACCUAUACUUUCACCGUUGGAUACCAUGAAUUGACCGGAUCCAAAAUUCCCCUGAAGAAGCCGUUGCUUGUAUUGAAGAAAACGAGGGACUCGGAUGCGGAGAACGUUGAGCACGAACAGUCAUCAAAGGUGGAGCUUGAAGUUAUUGGGAUCAUUCGACAGCGAAUUCUGUUCAAGACCAGACCCAAGGCCCUAAUUUCCAGACCACAGCCUUUCGUGAAGGAAAAAGCCAGUGCUCCAGGUUCGCUUGUGCCAAACUGACUAGCUUAAAACUCUUCGGCAGUACUAUUUAGGAACUUGAAGAGAUUGAGACAAAUGAUUUGAAGAAUCUGGAUGUUCUUGGGAUGAAAAACUCAACAUCAAUUCCAUUAUGACAAACAUUUGAAGUAGCUGGAUGUUCUUAGAUGGCAAACUCAAUUCCAAUGCCAUUGCGUUUUUGGCCUUUUAAAUUCUGUGUUUCCUGCGCUAUAUAAACUCUAGUUGGCCACUAUGUAUCCAAGCAUUCGACUUUUCAUGGUUUCUUUAAUCUCUUUUCAAAAAGUGUUACUAUUUCAUUUG